AUGUCGACCCCAAAGACCGACCGAGUUUCACUCGCGCGACAUCAUCACCCGCACUCGCCCUUUGGUCGCGCGGGCGACGCAAGCCACGAAUUCGAUUUCGAACCCUCAACCUUCCCGUCGCCUUCGAAGCAAAAUGGAACGCGUCCUCGACAUAAUUAUCGCACGGGCACUCUAGCUGGAGCGUACCGCGCUGUUUCACGGACAAGCAUGUCUGAUGAAGGUCAUCAGCUGGGCUCAAAUACCAGCCCGCGACAAACACGGCCGUGGGAGCACCUCAACGCGCCAUCACCGACCUCCGACACAUCAAACCCGCCCGCCGAACCCGUCGAUGCAUACCGGAAAAUUGAUGAAAUUGGGACAUUGGCCGAUAACAUGGACUGGGAAGACCUGAAUGGUUUAGCUGAAAAACGCUCCCCUGGUCGUCUCAAUCGCUCCUCUUCGAAACAGCGAGGUCUCUACUACGAUACAGAAUCACGCUUUUCGGAGGCGAGCCUCCUCGAUGAGAUGGUGCACAACUCGCCGCGCAGACGUAAGACCAAUUAUUCUCGAGAUGAGGAGCGCCUCCGACGAGUAACGGGCAAAGAUUCGGCGAUCUUCAGCAAGGCCAAAGUUGGGAGUCGCACAGCUUUGACGGCGGAUAAUCUACAGCGACGAGAGGAGGAAAUUCAACAUGAUCAACACCAAGAACAACAGCCCAUUUCGGAGGAUGACGGCGAACAAUGGCCCUCACUCAAUCUUCCACGCAGCUGGGGCAGUCGCGCUGCACGCCCACAGGAAUGGCUUCGGAAUGUUAGUGGGAGCUCUGCCUCGGAAUCCCAAGAGAAGAAAGCGCAGCAUGACCCACCCAGCAAUAUCCCUGCAACAAGUAUAAGUGGAGAGAGAACGACAUCCAGGACUACCCGUUCAUCUCCUCGCCCCGAGCGAGAUACUAGCAGUAGGCCAAUGCCAACCCGAGGCGCCCUCGAGGAACGCGUCGCCAAUCUCCACGCGUCGAAUACAGAGGAAUCGAACGAGAAAGGUGGACUGGGCUUGAAUGGAAAUACGCCUCAGAUAGAUGGCAACGCCAUUCCAAACACGCCAAUCAUUGUAUACAAGAACUCGACAUUGACAAGGCCAAGUGCAGCAAAGCGAGACUCUCAAGACCUUCUGCGCAAGCUAUCAAGAGCCGAAAGCCCAAAGAUGGACCAGGUCCAAACCCCAGAGCCACCCAAGCUUUUUGAGAGGAAGGUUUAUGACAAAACACCCAGGGUCACGGGUGCCUGGAUUGAUACGCCCAUGACAGAACGAGUGACUGAAAUUCCAAGCGAUUUAACGAAGGAUAUUGUUCCUCCCGCGGCGCCACCACAAGAAAAGGAGGUGCCAGGACCUGAACCAAUUGCUGGUACCAAACCAACCGCGGAUGUCAUGCCUAAAUCCGAGGAGCCUGAAGCAAAGAACGAGAAUCGGGAGACAAAUUCUGGUUCUGAAACACGCAUCACCAAGCGAUCCAAGCCCAAGCCUCCUCUCGUUCGACCUAACUUACCAAAGAGUGCUCUUGAAACGGUCAUCGAAGAUGUCCAUUCUGGCAAAGAGGCCCUCGAUCUGGGUGACGAUACCAUUGAAUCACUCCAAGCAAUCAUGGACGAUCCUACUGAAGUGAAAUCCGAUGAAGAGGAGGAAGCUACGUACGAACAAAAGCUUCGCAACCGGCUCGAACUGGCAACCAAAAACCAAGACCAUGAUGAGUACGACCGAAUAGAGAACAAGCUGCAUUCGUUGACGAAGCACAUUGAAGAAGUGAAGAAGGGAUUGGAUCGUUUGGAGGACCAUUUGGGUGGAAUUGUCACUGACGGGCUCGGUGAUUCUGCGACCAACAAACAAACCUCGGAUUCGACUUUGAGAGAAACCAGCAAUACGCAGCCAGAUACCCGCAUCUAUGCUGCCAUCCCGCUUCCUCGAUUAUGGGAACGAAACCCAACAUCCCGACGUCUACGCAUCACUAAGCUUGGCUGGACCACGCUCAUAUUUCUGACAUGGUAUAUCAUUGAGUGCCAAAUGACCGAGAUGUACUCCCACCCCCUUAUUUCCAACACCUGUACCGGCUACUGCUUGCGCCCGGAUGCACCCAUCUUCCCAUUUGUGACCGUGACAAUGCUGUGGCGUUUGUCUCAUCUUUCGACCCUUUUGACGCCCAUCAUCACGAUUGGUAUUGCGAUCUUCCGGCUCGUGGCGCAGUUGCUCGGCUUGUGGGAUGGCUAUGUGGACGAGCCAGAGCGUCUGGGAAAGCUCGUGGGCGAGAUCCGUAUCAACGGCACCGCCGUGCCUUUUCCCUGGUUGACGCCACCAUCUACAGCAACAAGCUUCGUGCCUCCUCCUGCUGCUGCUGCUGCUGCUUCACCUCCUCCACCUCAAGCACCCGUCUGGACAGCGCGCCACGAAAUUCCUGUAAACCCCAAGGAUGAGCAGGCAUCGAUGGACGAUGAUGAAUAUCUUUAA